AGAACACGUACCUCCAUGGCCGACAACAUGGUCCCCGGAGAGAGCGAGGUGGUGUGCGUCGACUUCUGGGCGAACCUGUUCGGCAUGCGGGUUCUGAUCGCGCUUCGUGAGCUAGGCGUGUCGUUCGAGUACAUCGAGGAGGACCUCCGCGUCCACGAGAGGAGCGACCUGGUGCUGCGCAUGAACCCGGUGCACCGGAUGGUGCCCAUCCUCAUCCACCGUGGCCGUCCCAUCUGCAACUCCAUCAACAUCCUCCAGUACAUCGACGAGGUCUGGGGUCACCGUCAUGCCGAAGCGGGUGGAACACCGUUGCUCCCUGCCGACCCGCUGCAGAGGGCUUCCGCCCGGUUCUGGGCCGAUUUCGUUGACCACAAGGUGUUCAACACGGAGAUGAGGCUGUUCAAGAGCAAAGGUGACGAUGAGAAAGAAGCCGCAAAGGGGGAGAUAAUUCGCCAACUCAGGCAACUCGAGGGGGCGCUCGGAGACAAGAACUUCUUCUCUGCCGAUGAGUUUGGAUUUCUGGACAUCGUCGCCAUCCCGUUAUCGAGCAUGUUUCGAGCGUACGAGCAACUGGGAAAGUUUGAUCUUGAGGUGGAGUGUCCCAAGCUGAUGAGGUGGGAGAAGCGGUGCAAGGAGAGGGAGAGCGUCAAGAGUACUCUUCCUGAUGAGGAGGAGGUGUACAGGAUGCACAAGAAGUGGUACGGCAUAGAGUGAAGUGAGCGAUAGAUUGUGCUCAAAACUUAUCAUGCUUGUAAACUUGCAUAAUACUCCAUCUAUUAUU